AUGUCAUCACAGCUAUUGGCACCAAUAAAGAUUGAAGGUUACUUGACCAAACAAGGUGGAUCAUUUAAAAGUUGGAGCAAGAGAUGGUUCAUACUUAGGAAAGGAGAGUUAUCCUAUUAUAAAUCCAAGAGUGAUACAUCUGAGCCAAAAGGAACAAUACCUUUAAAGACUGUUGGAUUCAUUAGGAUAUCAGAGAAGAAGAAGAAGCAUGUGUUUGAGAUACAUACAGCAGGAAGGACAAUACUUGUUAUGGCAGAUAAUGAUGAAUCGAGGAAUAGGUGGAUAGAGGUAUUGACUAGAGAAAGGGACUUGAUAAUCAAUGCAGACACCAUAAAGAAGCCUGCCAAGUUGACUGUCGACGACUUUGAACUACUCAAACUGGUGGGCAAAGGUAGCUUUGGCAAAGUGUUACAGGUGCGCAAGAAGGACACCAACGACAUCUAUGCCAUGAAGGUGUUGUCCAAGAAUCAGAUCGUCGAGAAUGAUGAAGUCAUACAUACUAUCUCAGAGAGAGUGGUACUUCAGAAGAUCAGCCAUCCAUUCCUUGUCAACUUGCACUAUUCAUUCCAGACAGAGGACAAGCUAUAUCUGAUACUGGACUACAUCAAUGGAGGCGAGUUGUUCUACCAUCUAAGGAAAGAGAAGAGAUUUGGUGAGGAACGUGUAAGAUUCUAUUGUGCGGAGAUCCUACUAGCUCUGGAGCAUCUUCAUCUGUCUGGCGUCAUCUACAGAGACCUGAAGCCAGAGAACUUGCUGGUGACCAAGGAUGGCCACAUCUGUAUGACUGACUUUGGUCUAUGCAAGGAAGGCUUCAUCACAUCCAAGGACAAGACCAAGACAUUCUGUGGCACACCAGAGUACUUGGCACCAGAGGUAGUCCUCAGCAAGAGUUAUGGCAAGCCAGUGGAUUGGUGGGCAUAUGGAUCACUUAUGUUUGAGAUGCUCACUGGUAUGCCUCCUUUCUUUAGUGAGAACACUAAGGAGAUGUAUAACAAGAUACUGCACGAACGUCUGGUGUUCCCCAGUGCCAUGUCAUCCGAUGCACGAUCAUUGAUUGAUGAGCUACUGGAGAGGGACCCAUCCAAGCGUCUAUGCAAUCCAACCAAGAUCAAACGUCAUCCAUUCUUCAAGUCAAUCGAUUGGGAAUCACUCUAUCACAAGAAGGUGGCGCCACCCUACAUACCUCGAGUGAAGGACAAGCUAGACACUACUCAAAUCGACCCAACCUUUACUGAAGAAGUGCCAACACUUACAAUCUCUGGCGAGUAUGAGGUGCAAGACAUACCUCAGAAGGACUUUGAAGGAUUCUCAUUUGUAGCCGACUCCUAUUUAGUAUCUCCUCCCACAACAAGUCCA